AUGGCUCUGUUGUCUGUCAUGAGCUUUGUGGUGAGCUACCUGUCAGGGCUGACAUCUUUAGAGCAGCUAUCUGUUAUGAACAAUCCAUGUGUUAUGAUGACAGACUCUGAAAGUGGAUUUGACUACAGACCAUUUGUUAUAAACUGGUGUAUGUCUCUGAGAAUACUAGAUGGUUAUCUUGUGAAACAGAAGGAAAGCCUAAAGGCAGAAUGGCUGUACAGUCAGGGUAAAGGACGUCACUUCAAGCCUGGGCAACAUUCAGAUCUUUCUCACUACCUGGCUCAUACAUGUCCCCUCACAGCACAGACAGAGCUUGAGACUCUAGAGGAAGCAAGACUGAGUAAAGUACUAGGCAAGCAGCAGUACCACCAGCAGCAGUUAAUACAGGAGAGUGUACAUGCCACACCAGAGGCAAAGAUCAUGCAACCUCCUAGGUCUGUCUCCCCUAAGCCCAGACAGCAGAAAAAGUCACCAGUGCCAGGUUCCCAAGCUGGCCACAAUAAGCAACAAGUGACAUCACCACAGAUGUACCCAAUAGAAACACCUACUAGCCUCUAUACCAACUUUUACAACAGAUCACCAGUCAGGGCUUGGACCAAUAGUAACCCUGAGUUCAGUAUGGAACAGACAAGACUUGAACUACUGCAUAAAGAAUCUAUUGACCUCACACAUGAAGAUAUAAAAUACAAUGGCAAUUCUCAAGUACAUUUUUCUGAAUCCCCAGAAAACACUAGCAUAUUGGAAUCUGAAACACGAUACAUACCACUCCCAGGAUUCAACACUCCUAAUCGACCAAUGACAGCACCACCUGCAUCACAUCAUGGCAUGACAUCAUUUGCUGAGAUUGCCUCAAAGCAUGAUGAUCGACCAUCUACAGCUAUGAACCCAAGAAACAAUAAUACCCAGAAUUUUCCAUUUGUGAAACAGGCUGUUCUGUCGCCAAUGUCUAAAUAUGAGGAAUAUAACAGUCGACCAAUCAGAGUUGUGAACCAAAGUAAAACUACUGCCAAUCUGGCACAUUUACCACUAUCUCCAAAUAUAACACAGAGACGGGAUUCUCCUUUAACAACCAAAACAAGGGAUUCACCUUUGAGCACAAAAACUAGAGUGUCACCUCUUAGUGCCAAAGCACGAGAGAGAAAACGUGCCUCACCUUACAGAAGAUCUAAAACAGCCAAUAAAACAAAGGAGAGCAAUGAAUAUCCCACCACGGAUUCUGAUGACAGUCUGCCAGAUUCUGGUUUGAACCUUGUGCGUGCCAUCACUUCAGGACGUAGAGUCAAGAUGGCUGUCAGAAAGUCAGGUGAUCGACCACUGACCCCUGUAAAAAUGCCUAAAUCGUCACCUCAAUCUUCACCAUAUAAGGCACCCUAUACUCCACAAAAAUACACACCCACCAAACAUGGGAGUCACCCCAAGAAAUCAAUCAAUAGAAAACCUGAUAAAGCAGCAAAAAAUGCCAACACAUCAACAAGAUGUGAAACAUCAAGAGACUCAUCCCAAAUUGAACAAACUGGCAGCAUCAACUCAGAAGAUUCUGAUAUGAUCAGGGGUGGUGGAGAUAUGAAUGACAAUGGUCCCACUAGAUCCUCCAACACAACUGAAAACUUUGAGCAAGCUAUGCGCCAUAGAGCUGCAGCAAUUGUAAUCCAGUCAACAUGGCGGGGCUACUACACCAGACAAUACAAUAUAAAGGCUGUCUCAGUGAGGAAUGAAAUGAGGUUUAGACACAUGGAGGAUCAUAUAAGCAACCUCAGUUUGGAGGUUGAGAGAUGUAAGCAGGGCUAUGAGCAGGAGAAACAGGUUAGACAGGUCCUCAUAGAGACAAUACAAGUCUUGUACAAACAGGUGCAAGACCUCCAAAGCUGGAAGGAAGGCCAAGAGACACAGAGGGAAGAUGUUAGCAGAUUGAGGGCAGAACUUGAUGAGCAGAAAACAAGACAGAGUGAAGAGAUACAUAGACUAAGAGAAGCCAUCAAAGAUAAUAAACAGAAUUAUUUCACUCAUCAGCCUUCUCCAUAUACAACACAGACCCCUGUUUUGCCACAUGCUGCUGAUGAGAACAAAGACAAGCUAGAGACAUCUUGCCAGAAAGAGAGAACAGCUGCUUCUGAGGAAUCUCCUGAGGAGAGAAUGGACAUUCCACCACCAAAUGAUCUUCCAAUUAACACCCCAAGCCAAGAGGCAGUUGUCCCAGCACAGUCUGAGCCAUCAAUUAAUGCAACUAACACAGAGUUGAAGAUUGAAGGAUGCUCUAAGUUGAACCCAAGUGAACUUAAGAUUCCAGAUGAUCACUGGGAGGGCACUGAAGUUUCAAAUAGUGCACAUGCAGACAACCCUAGCCUUACAGCGCCCUCUAUCUGUACAAUGUUGCACCUGACUGACUCCAGCAUGUACAUAGAGUGGAAGAAAUCUCAGGUUUUCAACAGUGAGGGUGUCGACACAGGCAGGUCUCUGCUGGGGUACAGGGUGUUCAUAAAUGGAGCCUGCAGGGGAAUGGUAAAUACAGGGUGUUCAGCUAAUAUUGGAGGACUAGAUAAAGAUAUUAAGUAUAGUAUUCACAUGAAAGCAGUUGGGCCAACAUCAGACUCUCCCAUCUCCUCAAGUUGGACUAUCCAUUAUAUAAGCCAUAAGCAAGCUGGGAACAGCCUGACCCCCAUAACACAAGCUAUUGGGGACUCACAUCUGAAUUCUCCCAGCCCUGAUACCACUCUCAACACACUCAAUGUUCCCAGCAGCAAUGCUGUAAAGGAGACCAAGAGCAGCCAAAAAGAAGAAAAUACAGCUGAAGAUGCCUUUAGGCUUGAUGAUGAAAAUGAAAUAAAGAUGAAUGGGAUUCAAAGUAAUAGUACUCUUCAAGAGGUUAACAAUAUGGAUAAUGACAAUUCAAAGCAUAAUCAAAGUGACAGAGACAGUGAUAAAGAAGAUGGUAAUACUUCUAUUGAGAGGAUUCUUGAAAGAAUUGGAGCAAAGGAUAGGAAAGACUGCAGAGGAAGUAAUGACAACACUUCGAAUGUUGAUGUUGAAAUAGCUGGACUUAUGGGUAAAGGAAUCCAUCACCAAGACAAAAUCACAUCAUAUUUCAAACCCCUUGGAAUUGUUGGCAGUAAAGCUAUUACCCACAAACCAUCCAGGUCACCUGAUAUCACUUACAUUGUUGCAGAGACAGAAUUAUUAGACAAUAAUGACCAAUCACACCAAGAGAUAGAACAUAUUAAAUCACAUAAUGAAGGAAAUGUUCUGGAAUAUUCCACUAGGGCUGAAGGUUCCAGAUGUAGCUCAGCAUGCUCUGUUGAGGAGGAGAUCAAACAGCUGUGUGACAACAUUGAAACAUUUGUCAUACACACCAAAGCACAGCCUGUAACCCCUUUAAGGAAAGCAAAGGAGAAUGAUGAUAUACUAAACAAAGAGAGUGAUGGAAUACACACAGACAGUAAUAAACUAAACAAAGCAUCUAGUGAACUUCACAAAGGAAGUGAUGUACUACAUAAAGAAAUUGAUGUAUUACACACAGACAGUGAUGUAUUACACAAUAAUGAUAAUGCACUACACAACAGAGAACCCCAAAGUGACAAAACACACAUGAUUGAUAAUGAUGGUCAUGAUGAUGCAACAGAAGGCUCAAAUGAAGAAAGAAAUGAUAACAUGUUAUUGACUGAAGGUACAAGCAAAGAUACAGAAAUACACCAGUACAACUCAACCAAAUUGAAUGAUGAAUUAGAUGUGAGGAGUCAAAUGGAUAAAAAUAAUUGUGCUGAUAAAGAAUCAUCUCAAAGUGUUGACAAAGACCCUGUUAACAAUAAUGAUUCAAAGGACACUUGUGAUGAGUUGAAUAACACCAAUAAUGUAACCUCCCUCCAAUUGAUGCCAAAUCUUACAACCAGUAUUAUACAAGACAACACAAUCAAGUGGAAUAAUAGCUAUGACAACACAAUCAAGUGGAAUAAUAGCUAUGACAACACAAUCAAGUGGAAUAAUAGCUAUGACAACACAAUCAAUACAAAUAACAACCCAAAGAACACUGAAAUCACAGCUACAUUUACUGAAUCCGACACACAGUCUUCUGAAGAGAACAAUUCUGUAGCUAAAGUAAAGCAAACAGAUGUCACUAAGACUAAUGCUGAAAAUCCUUUAAGAAAUGUAGAAACAAUAGAUGGUCAAGAGGACAAACUCAAAGAUGAAACUGUUAAUCCAGUGGAUCAAGAGACUGAUUCAGCAAAAACUCCACAUCAUUCUAUCAAGCCUGUCACAAGUGAGAAUGUGGUAGUUGAUGAAUGUCUGACCCCAAAAUCGUCACACCCUGAGAGGAAAACAGAUGAUCCAUGUCCAAAUAUAGACGUAUCACCUGGAGGCAGACGACGUAGCAUCCCUAGAUUGUCCUCUCUCAGAAGGAGGUCGGCCUCUUUGGGCAACAAGGAUGGCACUGAACAUAAAGCUGUAAUAAACAAUCAGCCAGGCAGGAGUCUAUCAGAGGAGAACCUUAUGAUGACCACACCAAAGGGCCAAGGUCAUAGUAAAAUUCCUACCUUGAGGUCAAGGUCACCAUCACCUGUUGGCUCUUCCUAUUGGUCAAAAUCUCCACCAAUGCAAACCAAAGAUGGACCAACAAUGGCUUCUAAGUUGACAAAAUCUCCUUCACCACCUAGAGGUACAAAAUUACCAACACCAAUAUCUCAGAAGAAAAUUGUCAAUAACAAUGACACCUCAAAUGAUUCACCUAAUGAAAACUUUUAUACACCCAAGGAAAGCCCUCCUAAGAAAGUAACCAAACGUACGGGGCAAUAUAAACCUACUUCAAAGGCCAGCAAAUUCUUUCCACCAUUGACUACACCGAAUAAAGAAAACCUGAAAGUCCAACAAUCUAAAUGUGAGAAAACUGACAAUUCAUCUCCAAGAGAUGGUGUUCUGAAAGAGAACCGAAGGUCUCUCAAGUUUAAACCGAAACAAGAUAGUCACAUUGAGGGUGACGAUACAUCCCAAAACUCUGAGUCUACAAUCUGUGAUGGUGAAACAGCUAGGGGAGAUGCACGAGUUGAAAAAGGCAAGGCACUAAGUGGUACUGCUAAAAUGCUGCUGUCCAAAUUGAAGUCUCAGUUAUCUAAUUAGAUGCAUGCACAUAUAUGUACAGAAGAACCUGUGUAAGUGGAACACCCUCUGUUCUGCCAAAAAGCGUUCCACUUAGGAGGUGUUCCACUUACGGAGGAUUUGGGUUUGCGGGGAUUUAACGAAC